CCGGAAACGCGACUGGGGACGGAGUUAUCACGUGACGUUGACGUCAUCGCCCCCGCGCCGGGUCGUCCUGACUUGGCUUCCGCGGGAUCCUGGAGGUGGCUUGGGUGCCUUAUAUUCAGGUUUUGUACAGUUCGCGGUCUUCUCUCCACAGACUCCCUGGGCCUCGCCUCCGACUUCCCGAUGUACCACAACAGUAGCCAGAAGAGGCACUGGACUUUCGCCAGCGAGGAGCAGCUGGCGCGGUUGCGGGCUGACGCCAAUCGCAAAUUCAAAUGCAAAGCGGUGGCGAACGGGAAGGUUCUUCCAAAUGACCCAGUCUUUCUUGAGCCUCAUGAAGAAAUAACGCUCUGCAAAUAUUAUGAGAAAAGAUUAUUGGAAUUCUGUUCGGUGUUUAAGCCAGCAAUGCCAAGAUCUGUUGUGGGUACAGCUUGUAUGUAUUUCAAGCGCUUUUAUCUUAACAACUCAGUAAUGGAAUAUCACCCCCGGAUAAUAAUGCUCACUUGCGCAUUUCUGGCUUGCAAAGUAGAUGAAUUCAAUGUAUCUAGUCCCCAGUUUGUUGGAAAUCUGCGGGAGAGCCCUCUUGGACAAGAGAAAGCACUCGAACAGAUUCUGGAAUAUGAACUGCUUCUUAUACAGCAACUUAAUUUCCACCUUAUUGUCCACAAUCCUUAUAGACCCUUUGAGGGCUUUCUCAUUGAUUUAAAGACUCGCUAUCCCCUGUUGGAGAAUCCAGAGAUUUUGAGGAAAACAGCUGAUGACUUUCUUAAUAGAGUUGCAUUGACGGAUGCUCACCUUUUAUACACACCUUCCCAGAUUGCUCUGACUGCCAUUUUAUCUAGUGCAUCCAGAGCAGGAAUUACUAUGGAAAGUUAUUUAUCAGAAAGUCUUAUGCUCAAGGAGAACAGAACUUCCCUGUCACAAUUACUAGAUAUAAUGAAAAGCAUGAGGAACUUGGUAAAAAAAUACGAACCACCCAGACCUGAAGAAGUUGCUGCUCUGAAACAGAAGCUGGAGAGGUGUCACUCUGCUGAGCUCGCGCUUAAUGUAGUUACGAAGAAGAGAAAAGGUUAUGAAGAUGAUGAUUAUGUUUCAAAGAAAUCCAAACAUGAGGAGGAAGAAUGGACUGACGAUGACCUGGUAGAUUCUCUCUAGCCAUUUGAAAUUGAUUUGUCAAUGCUAACUAAUCAUCAGACGGAUGAAGCAUGUCUGGCAUUUAACUUUAUUUAUGAAAGCAUGAAAAUAUAUUAAACUUUUCUAUUUAUGUUAUUUAAAAUUUUUUCCUUUCAGGGUAGCUUUAUGUGAAAUAAAACAUCUUCAAAGGAGCCAGAGUAACACCAGGUUUGGGUCAUCUUACCCCAUCAUGACUGAUAUCUAAUUAAAGCUAUAAUUUGCCAAUGUUGUUUUA